AUGCUGGACUUCAACGACAAAUUCCCUACUAACGUUAACCCAUUAUACAUCCCCCUUAAGUCUCUGGACACCUCGCUCUUGCUGGGUGGCGACCCUCAAGAAUUGGACCUCGCGAAGUUGUUUCCGGGCGAAACCGUGGUCUUCACCGCUGCUCCUGGUGCUUUCACCCCCACGUGCACACAAGCUCACAUUCCCGACUACUUGAAGCAUGAGAAGCAAUUGAAGGACAAGGGUGUUGCUCGGGUGAUUAUCCUUUGCCAAAACGAUGCGUUUGUCAUGAACGCCUGGGCCAAGGCCGAAGGCUACAACGCCGAUGAAAACUACUUCGUUUUCGCCUCUGACCCUAAUCUUGGUAUUUCUAGUCAAUUGGGCUCGGACUACACUCUCAACUUGAAGGACAAGGGCUUGGGUGAACGUACCCUGAGAUGGGCGGCUAUUGUGAAGGAUGGCAAGAUUCAAUUUUUGGGGGCUGAGCCCGAUGGUAAAUACGGCAAUGUCGUUGGCAUCAACCACAUCUUGAAGCGCAUCUAG